ACAGGGCGCAAAAAGAAAACCUCACUAGUCAGCUUCGCACGUGCUCUGCGCAGGGGCUCCUGCGAGGCCCUAGUCCCUCCCUGGGAGCUAAGAGCAGGACGGAGGCUGUACCUGACUGCUGCUUGGAGGGAACCCUGGCUGAGUCCAGGGAGGAGGAGCCAGAGGCGGGGCCGAUUGGAAGCAGCCACCUCAGCGAAGCUGCAGGAUUUCCGCAGGGCGGGAGCUGUUUAUCUCCCGGAAGAAAACGGCUCCUGUCACAGAAGUCUCGUGAUUGCUCUGGGAGCUUUGCUUAGACACUUGAAACUACAGAAGAAAGAAGGAUCUAGCGAAAUAUGGCUACAGAGAGCCCUGCUACGCGUCGGGUCCAGGUGGCAGAACAUCCCAGGUUACUGAAGCUAAAGGAGAUGUUUAACUCCAAGUUUGGAUCUAUUCCCAAGUUUUAUGUUCGAGCACCAGGAAGAGUCAACAUAAUAGGAGAGCAUAUAGAUUAUUGUGGAUAUUCUGUUCUUCCUAUGGCUGUAGAACAAGAUGUGCUAAUAGCUGUAGAACCUGUGAAAACGUACGCUCUCCAACUGGCCAAUACAAAUCCCUUGUAUCCGGACUUCAGUACUAGUGCUAAUAACGUCCAGAUUGAUAAAACCAAGCCUUUGUGGCACAACUAUUUCUUAUGUGGACUUAAAGGAAUUCAGGAACACUUUGGUCUUAGUAACCUGACUGGAAUGAACUGCCUGGUAGAUGGAAAUAUCCCACCAAGUUCUGGCCUCUCCAGCUCCAGUGCUUUGGUCUGUUGUGCUGGCUUGGUGACGCUCACAGUGCUGGGAAGGAGUCUAUCCAAGGUGGAACUUGCAGAAAUCUGUGCCAAGAGUGAGCGUUACAUUGGCACUGAAGGAGGAGGCAUGGACCAGUCUAUAUCAUUUCUUGCAGAAGAAGGAACUGCCAAGUUGAUAGAAUUUAGUCCUCUGAGGGCAACCGAUGUAAAACUCCCAAGUGGAGCAGUGUUUGUGAUUGCCAACAGUUGUGUGGAGAUGAAUAAGGCAGCAACUUCCCAUUUCAAUAUCAGGGUGAUGGAGUGUCGGCUGGCUGCGAAGCUCCUGGCUAAAUACAAAAGCUUGCAAUGGGACAAAGUACUGAGGCUGGAGGAGGUGCAGGCUAAACUAGGGAUUAGUCCAGAAGAAAUGCUGUCAGUUACAGAAGAUGCCCUUCAUCCUGAACCCUAUAACCCUGAGGAGAUCUGCAGGUGUCUGGGAAUUAGCCUGGAGGAACUCCGAACCCAAAUCCUGAGUCCAAACACUCAAGAUGGGAUCAUACUGCACAUCCCUCAGUGCUGUGAUGAGAUCUUUAUGAGGUUCAAGCAAUUCUCCCGCUUCAGCCUCUCAGAUAGCUGGGAUUACAUGCACCCACCAUCAUCAUGCCCAGUGCUCAUCUUCAAACUCUAUCAGCGGGCAAAGCAUGUGUACAGCGAGGCUGCGCGAGUGCUCCAGUUUAAGAAGAUAUGUGAAGAAGCACCUGAAAACAUGGUCCAGCUGCUGGGAGAGUUGAUGAACCAGAGCCACAUGAGCUGCCGGGACAUGUAUGAGUGCAGCUGCCCUGAGCUGGACCAGCUGGUGGACAUCUGUCGGAAGUUUGGAGCUCAAGGGUCACGACUUACUGGAGCAGGAUGGGGAGGCUGCACAGUAUCAAUAGUACCUGCGGACAGGCUGCCCAGCUUUCUAGCAAAUGUGCACAAAGCUUAUUACCAGAGGAGUGAUGGAAGCUUAGCACCGGAGAAGCAAAGUUUGUUUGCUACCAAACCUGGAGGUGGGGCUUUGGUUUUGCUUGAGGCCUGAAAAAAUGUAAAAAAUCUGAGAGAAACUACUUAGGGCACUUACGAAUUGGCAGGACUUUCUGUGCCACAGUAAAUUAAUCUUCCUUCUGUUUUGUAUUAUGAUGAACGGUUGCUAUUAUAUCAAGAUAUAUUUUCAAAGAAAUGGUUGAAAGCUCUCUAUGCUUCAUAAUGAUUAUUUUUCCAUCUUAAAAUAUGGUUUUACUAUUAAGAGCCAAGAUCAUGUUUGGACAGAUCUUUUAAGAAUAAUUUACUGAGAUUUAUUGAUUUGAAGAUUUUAAAGAUGAAUGGUAAAACACACCCUUAAUACUGAUUACAUGGAUUGGACUUGAAUUAAAUAUAUUGUUACAAUUAAACUGAUACCACUGAA